CUCUUUUUCUCUCUCUCACUAAAACCCUCGUUUUGCCUCCUCUCUUCUCAAUCGCCGUCCCUUUUCUCGCCGUCGGAAUCUUCCCAUCUCACUACGAUCCAUGUCCGGCAGCGUACGAUCUUCUCCCGGUCCUUCUCAGCCGCCGCCGCCGCCACCGCACCAUCCGCCGUCAUCUCCAUCUCCGGCAGCAUCUGCUCCGGUGGUACCACCCAUACGUCGACACUUAGCGUUCGCCUCAACAAAACCGCCGUUCCAUCCUUCGGAUGACUACCAUCGAUUUACCCCUUAUGCCCUCACUAACAACGAUAGAAGCCUCGUUAAUGGCUGUGGAGUUGUAGAUCGGGAGGAAGAUGCCGUCGUUGUUAGAUCUCCUUCACGGAAGAGAAAGUCGACUAUGGACGUGGUUACUGCUCCAUCUAAUAAUGGAUUCACGAGCUCUGGUUUCACUAGCAUACCCAAUAGCCCCUGUCAAACACCUGUUUCAGCAAAAGGAGGCAGAGUCAACACCAAGUCAAAGGCCAAAGGAAAUAAGUCAAUUCCCCAAACACCCAUCUCAAAUGCAGAUUCUCCUGUCACGCUUACGCCUUCUGGAAGUUGCCGUUAUGACAGUUCUUUAGGUCUCCUUACAAAAAAGUUCGUCAAUCUAAUUAAACAAGCCAAAGAUGGAUUGCUGGAUCUAAACAAAGCUGCAGAAACAUUGGAGGUGCAGAAACGACGUAUAUAUGAUAUUACAAACGUUUUGGAGGGGAUAGAUCUCAUUGAAAAGCCUUUGAAGAACCGAAUACUUUGGAAGGGAGUUGAUGCUUCGAGGCCUGGCGAUGUUGAUGCUGACGUGUCUGUCUUACAGGCAGAAAUCGAAAACCUUUCCCUCGAGGAGCAAGCGCUCGAUAACCAAAUCAGAGAAAUGGAGGAAAGAUUAAGAGAUCUAAGCGAAAAUGAAAAGAAUCAGAAAUGGCUUUUUGUAACCGAAGAAGACAUCAAGAGUUUACCGGGUUUCCAGAACCAGACUCUGAUAGCCGUCAAAGCUCCUCAUGGCACAACACUGGAAGUCCCUGAUCCAGAUGAAGCGGCUGACUCCCCUCAAAGGAGAUACAGGAUCAUUCUUAGGAGUACAAUGGGACCUAUUGACGUAUACCUUGUCAGUGAAUUUGAGGGGAAGUUUGAAGACACAAAUGGGAGUGUUGAACCAGCAGCAAGCUUGCCUAUUGCUUCUUGCUCGGGAUCGACAGAAAACCAUGACAUCGAAGCCUUAACUGUUGAUAACACAGGAACUGACAUUGAGCAUCAGGUGUCUCAUGAUCAAGCACAUGCUCAGCCCGGCGAUACCUCUGAUCUAAAUUAUUUGCAGGAGCAAGUAGGAGGAAUGCUUAAGAUUACUCCCUCUGACGUCGAAAAUGAUGAUACGGACUACUGGCUUCUCUCCAAUGCUGAAAUUAGCAUGACGGAUAUUUGGAAAACGGACUCUGGUAUCGAUUGGGAUUACGGAAUAGCUGAUGUGAGUACUCCACCACCAGUAAUGGGUGAAAUAGCCCCAACCGCUGUUGACACAACCCCGAGAUGAUCCAAAGUUCGAUCCCUAAUGUGUUUCUUCACAACACUCUUUACUUAGCGCCCAAAUCAAAUCCAAGCAAGGAGGGAGCAAAUACAGAACGUGUGUGAACCAAUGGCAGGUGCGGUUCCAUACGAUGUACCAUUAAAUUAUGAUUCAUUUAUCGAUAGAGAGUGGUGAUAACGAGAGUGACAAUGUAGAGGAGUACCGGUUAAGAGAAGAAACUAAUGUAAGUUUAAGAGAGAUAUACUUCCUCGGCUGCAUUAGUACACUAGUUGAUUAUAGUUUUUUGAUCA